AUGGUGUUCCAGGCCUUGAAGGAGUCAUGGACGCUGUUCACUCCUACAGAGAAGAGGAAUAUCGCCAUCUACGUCGUCGGAAUAAUGUUGUACAAAUUUGGACUUGAGGCUUUCAACGGCUCAAUCGUUGCCCUUGCCACAAACAAAUAUGACUACGAAGCCUGGCUCACCGACAGCACUCCCAAGACCUUCGAGCGUGUUGGUUUACUAACCGGCCUAAAUCAAGCCUUCCAAUGUGUCGGCUCCAUCCUGAUUGCGCCUCUCAUCAAACGUUGGCCGACCAAACUGGUCCUCUCCGCGGCUAUAUUGGUUUUCAGCGUCAUGACGGCCAUUCUUCUCAUCGUGGAUGCUAGUACCGGGGGGCGCUUCAAGCCUGACAAUUGGGUGGACAGCCACGACGAAGACGAUUUUGGGUACUAUGGUACCUACAAUGCGAACGGCAUCAUCCCCAUCUAUUGCGUCAGCGGCAUUGCCUACGGAAUGGUUGAGUUGAUCCGUCGUGUCAUUCCACGAGACAUCGUUGGAGGCAACGUCCAGAAACUUCGACGCAUGGACUCGCUCGUCCACAUCUUCUAUGAAAUCUCUGGCACUGCCGGCGCCUUCUGCACGGCUUUGGCUUUGAUCCCUUCUUUUGGCAACAACUAUUCCUUUAUCAUCACUCCCAUUUUCUUCGCUGCCGCUUCAAUCGUAUGGUUCUUCAUUUCCAACCUCAACUACAAGAAGCCCUUGAAGGCGGGUAGCAACUACCUCCUGGCGGUCGGCAUGGGCUUCUGGCUCUUCUUCGAAUCGAUCUGGACCGGUUUCAAGAUUAUUUUCAGCUCCCGCAAAUUCAUCUGGCUCUUGCCAGGCUACUCUUUUGCCUUGUAUGGCCACCGAUAUCUCGAAAACGGUAUUGCGCCUGCUGUGGCUCGACGAUAUCUCGGAAACUCUGCCUGGUCUCAGAUCAUGGUGGGAGGUAGUAACUUUGGCGAGCUUCUUGGUGCCGGAUUUGUCUUUCUCUUCACCAACCUCGUGCAGACACCAAUGCCAUGGCUCCGACUUGAUGCCCUGAUGCUUCUUAUCGUAUGGUAUCUCCCUUACUGGUACCCGAAGAGGGGUGAUGUUAACGAAGCUUGGCGGGUUGCUGGCACCUUCAUUCCCAUUUCAUUUGGUUGGGCUGCCGGUGAUGUGUCCCUCGCCGCUUACAUCCAGGCCUCGCUCGCCCGCUUGGAGGCCGAGAACAAAGAGGUUUCGGCCUUGGGCGCUGUCAUGGCCUUCCUCUAUUCGACAUACAUCGUCAUUUAUGCCAUAUGCUCUCCUCUUCUAGGUCGAUACAUUGAUCAUGUAUAUGCGGAGACAGGCGGUUCUGACGGCGGAAACAUCCACGGCGCUAUUAGGAACGUGGGCGGUGUGCAAUUCACUGUGCUGAUGGCUAUUGUGCUCGCCUCAACAUUCAUUCCGAAAGGCGCCCUGUCCUUCAAUCCCAAGAUGCUCAAUGAUGAGGUCCUUGAUCAAGACAUUGAUCAUGGUGCUGAUGAUGGGUUUGUGGACGAAAAGAAACGCAAGGCUAGCAUUAUGCAUCUAAAGGUGCAGGAGCAGGCGGAGGGAAGACGCCAGAGUGUCACAAGAGUGUCAGCUGAUAUUAACGAUACUUUUUCGCCGGAUAUGAAGGACAUCAAGGAGGAGGAUGGGGGGCUGAUGAAGUCCUAG